AUGGCUAAUAAUGAUACUGAUAAUAUAAUCAAUGAAUUCAUGAACUUAGAUGUUUGUUUACACGAUAAUAAUCACGUUGGAGCGCUUGCAGCAUUGACUAAAAUUAUAAAUUACUUGAAAAGAAAACUUCGCAAAGACAAUGCUGCUGAAAAACAACAGAUCGUUUAUAAUAUGAUGAAACGAAUAUAUUUAAAUUUUGAAAACGGUUAUUAUAAAGAUGUUGUUGACGAUUUCAAUUUUUUGAUAGAACUCGGAGAAACAGUUGACAAAAAUAAAGAUUUAUUUAUUAUGAAAGAACAUGCUUUCAUAGAAACAAUUAUGAAAGAUUUAACUUCAAGAUUUGAACAGGCACAAGUUGAAUGUAAGUUAUCUAUUAUGAUAUUACAGCAAUGA